CACUGAGCAAUGAGCAAGGUAUACAGAGCAGCCAUUCUCUGCCUGCAAAAACCUAUUGUAAUUGACUCAGCUGGAGUCAUCGUGUGUAUUGACACACACGAGAAUAGCUGUGUUAAUAUAUAAACACAUUAGUUUACCUUUGUGUGUGUGUGUGCAAUGAUAAUUGCAAAAAUGCAUUAUAAAUCGCCCAACUAGCCUCUGCUCGAUAAUACGGCCAUCAAGCAGCUUUGUCUUAAUGACACGACUGCGACACUAGUAGCUAAGCUAACGUUGUUUAGCUAACGUAACUACCUACAAUCAAGCGGCUUCGUUGUCUGGCAGCUGGAGCAGAUACGGGGGCUGCCACUGGAGGAUGGUGGGGGUACUCCGAUGAACCUCCUCAAGUGCAUGAAACCCUCCUUGCCUCCACAAAGCAUUGGCGGCUCCUUCAUAAAUGAGCCAGUCUCCUGGCAACCAGGCACCAAUCAGCACGCAGGAUCUCUCUCUGUAGUAACCACUGUGUGGGGUGUGACCAAUCACACACACAAUCAGGUGUUUGGUGCACCCAUGGGCCCUGGCGAUAGCUCUGGCAGUCACAUGAUGCCCGGUGGUAGCCCUGGUAUGGGUCCUGGGAUGGGCUCCCAGUUCAUAGGUCAACAGUCAUAUGGAGAUCCUGUCUCGAAAGGUUAUGGCCAGCCAGUCAUGUAUGGACGUCCCAGCACUGCUUACAACCCAGCCUCCGCCUACAGUGGAAGUUACUCUGGAAACAGUGGAGGUGCCGGUCUAGGCGUUCGUCCACCCUCAGAUUUCACUCAGGCUGCUGCUGCUGCUGUUGCUGCCGCCGCUGCCACAGCAACUGCCACUGCUACAGCGACUGUUGCAGCAAUACAGGAAAAACAGAACCAGGAGCUGAGCUAUGGCCAGUUGGGCGGAACAUCCUCUUACAGCACCCAAUUCCUAUCUCAUGCGGGCCCCCGUGGCCCUCCAGGGAUGAACCCUGGCGGGAUGAUCUCUUCAAGGUCUGGACUUCCACCUUCCACCGGAGGCUUGUAUCCUUCUCACCCUGCGCAUAUUCAGAGGAUUCCACAUCAAGGAGGCUAUCCAGGCGGACAACAAGGACUCAAACGGCCUUUCCAUUCCGAGGGUUUUUCUGGACCACAGUAUGGCUCUGGUGGGAUGUCGGGGUACACUAACCAGCCUCUGCAAUACCCCUCUGGUUCGCAGCAGAGAUGCGCCACCUCACCCUCUUACCUCUCCAGCCGGAUGCCUCACGUGGGACACUACUCUGCUGGAUCACACAAUCCAGCACAGUUUUCCCCUGGAGCUGGACAGCCCAAUCCUCCUCAGUAUUAUAAGUCAGAGCCUUUCAAUGGUCAGGGCAGCAUGGCAACUGGAGGACCAGGAGGAUACAAUGCCUUCACACAGGCUGCAGUGAACGGGCCAGUUCGGGGUGGGGUGCUUCCUGGGUAUCCCACCUCACCAAUGGGAGGGAAUCCUACCCCUCCAAUGACACCGGGGACCUCCAUACCUCCCUACCUUUCUCCAGGCCAGGAAACCAAACCCCCCUACCUUACAACAGAAACCAAAGCCAACAUCAACACCCAGCAGCCCGUUACAGGUAACCCCAGUGACGACCUGCGUCUGACUUUCCCUGUACGAGAUGGUGUAGUAUUGGAGCCUUUCAGACUGGAGCACAACCUGGCUGUCAGCAACCACGCCUUCCAUCUGCGAGACUCUGUCUACAAAACACUAAUGAUGAGGCCAGAUUUAGAGCUGCAGUUUAAGUGUUACCACCACGAAGACAGACAAAUGAACACUAACUGGCCUGCCUCUGUGCAAGUCAGUGUUAAUGCAACUCCUCUGUCCAUUGAAAGAGGUGACAACAAAACCUCCCACAAGCCCUUGUAUCUAAAGCAAGUGUGUCAGCCAGGGCGCAACACCGUACAGAUCACAGUGACAGCAUGCUGCUGUUCCCACCUGUUUGUUCUACAGUUGGUGCACCGGCCAUCUGUCAGGUCUGUUCUGCAGGGUCUGAUGAAGAAGAGACUGCUGCCGGCCGAGCACUGCAUUACAAAGAUAAAAAGAAACUUCAGCAGUGGCACCAUUCCUGGAACCCCUGGUCUGAAUGGGGAGGAUGGAGUGGAGCAGACGGCUAUUAAAGUUUCUCUCAAAUGCCCCAUCACAUUCAAACGAAUCCAGCUGCCAGCCAGAGGCCAUGACUGCAGGCACAUACAGUGUUUCGAUCUGGAGUCCUAUUUGCAGCUAAACUGUGAAAGAGGGACCUGGCGAUGCCCUGUUUGCAAUAAAACAGCUUUGCUAGAAGGACUGGAGGUUGACCAAUAUAUGCUUGGGAUUCUUGUCUAUAUCCAAAAUUCAGACUAUGAGGAGAUCACUAUUGACCCAGUAUGUGGUUGGAGGCCGGUGCCUGUUAAACCUGACCUUCAUAUAAAAGAGGAGCCUGAUGGACCAGUCCUCAAACGCUGUCGCACAGUCAGUCCAAGUCACAUGGUCUUACCAAAUGUGAUGGAAAUGAUUGCUGCUCUGGGCCCAGCAUCAUCCCCCUACCAAAGUCUGAAUGCAGGAGGCAGGAACACCCCAGAGUACAGUCGGCCAGGGAAUCAGGGAUUCUCCAACCAGCCAGGAUUUACAGAUUUCCCCAACACUCCUGGGACCCCAAUACUAGGAGAGUAUGCACCUUCUGGACCACCACCUCCACUCCCUUAUCAGUCUGAGCAGACGGCUCAUUCUGGACAAAUUGACCACUCUCAUAACAUCCUCCAGCAGCAUGGCUCAGGUGUGCACAGUAACCCGAGUCUGUGUGACACUAGCAGCCCUCUGCCACAGCGGAGCACCAAUACCCAGAAUACCCUCGGACAGAGCGAAGGCACCUUUGGUCUGAGCGGCCCGGGACUGCCUGUAGGAGAGGGGACAGAUCAUACGCUAGAUCUUCUUCCUGAGCUGACCAACCCAGAUGAGCUGCUGUCCUAUCUGGGCCCUCCGGACCUUCCCAACAACAGCAGUGAUGAUCUGCUUUCUCUGUUCGAGAACAACUGAGUCAAACUUCCAUUCCAACCUCUUUCUCUCUUUGCUGUAGCUCGGCUCAGUUUUCACCAACUUCUUUGUGUGUGUUAUGUUGUUUUUUGUGUAUCAGUUGCUCUGAAGUGUCCUGCUGCUGAAAUUCUUUGAGUACAGUGUUAAGGUGUACGUAGGAACACUAUCGAAAUGUGAACACUAUUAUGAGUUUGAAGAAUGCAACAGUACACAGGCAUUGACUCUACAGACCAGCAUUUGAAACUAUAGCACAAAUCACUGGCUGGAGUAUUUUGUAUUUAAUGAUUAAAUUGUUUUUUGUUUGG